CAACGGAAGCGGAGCGGAGCCGGGCGCGGUGAGCGGAGCCGGAGGGAGGGGGCUCCUCGGAGCCCGGCAUUUCUGCGGGUCUGGUCCUCUCCCUGACGGCAUUGUGGGGCUUUUCUCAGCAUGCAGUCCCUUUAGAUUUGGGUGCGAUAACCAACCACAUCCUGCACAUUGGACUUUUGGCUUGCAUUCUUCUAUCAUCCUGCAUUUCUGAAGAAUACACUAUUCCUUUGCCCUGGGCUUGAGCAGUGAAGGCUCAAUCUGAUCACUGGCUGACUUGUUAUCUCUUCGCUGUGAUGGAAAAGUGCUCAUCUGAAGCAAGCCCUCUGUUAUGCUGCUAAAACUGCCUUUGAAUACAAGAUCUGUGGUGAUUUUUAGAACACAAACCCCAAAAUGUCAGAACUCGACCCUUCAUCUGGAUAUGUAGGGAACAUGGAAAAUGGGACUUUUCUGGAGCUAUAUCCCACAUCACUUUCAACAUCUGUGGAUUCAUCACCUGGCCGUUUAUCCAAUGUCUACGUCUAUGUUUCUAUAUUCCUUAGUCUCUUAGCUUUCCUCCUUUUGCUAUUGAUCAUUGCACUUCAGAGGCUGAAAAACAUAAUUUCUUCCAGUUCCUCGUACCCAGAAUAUAACAGCGACGCUGGAAGUUCUUUCACUAAUUUAGAAGUCUGUAGUAUUUCUUCCCAGCGGUCUGCUCUUUCAAACCUUUCUUCGUGAAACUAAAUGACAGGGAAUAUGUAGGGCAUGGAGAAGCUUUGUCUAGUUUCUAGGGGAGGUAGCGCAUGCAACAUUUGCCUUAGGAGAUGGUGAUGAAAAGGUGGCAUUUGAAGUUUACUUAUUUUUUUCUUUCCUUUUCUAUAGUCUUCAUUUUCCCUUUUACUAAUGUUGAUUUUCAUUUUGGAUAAUGACUCUUAAUCAUUGUUUAACGCCUGUAAUUGUGAUGCUGUCUUUUUCUCACACGUAUAUGGUGUCCAUUAGGAGUAUUCCUGCCAAAUUGUAAUGGUUCUAAGUAGAUGUGUCAUUUUUUUCUGCUCUGGUUGUGGCCCCUUUCCUGGUUUUGUAUCAGUAAUACUCUGUUUUUCCUUUUUUAAUUAGAUAAGGAUGAAAUCUCUAUUGCAAAAGUAAUAACAAUGAGCUUAACUUAUAAAUAUAGUCUGUGGGACAAUUUAAAGUUGUUGACAUUGUUUCUUUUAUAAUUUUUCUUGUCUUUUUCAGUAUUUAUUGGUGUUUAUUAAAUGCAACUAAAAUCCA